GCAGACGGAGUCGAGCUUCGCCUCGUGCAGUCGCUUCUCCCGACGCUCCCGCCGCCUUCGCCCCCCGGACUCCCCAGCCGCUCGGCCGCCCGCUCCCACCCGCGCCUCCCCAGGGGCCGGACCGGCGCCAGCCUCGAGCCGCCACCGCAGGCUGUCCGAGAGCUUGGAGUCGGGCACCUGUAACUUUGGAAUUCCUCAAGUAGACAGAACCUACAAGUGCUGAGUCCAAGGAAGCAGCCAGACCAGGGAGUCGUGUCAAACCAGACCCCCCACCCUGGGGUGGGGGGGAGGGCUCCCGGAGGAGGAGGAGGAGAAGGAGGAGGUCAGAACCUGGCCCGCCUCUGCCCAGACCCCUGACCUCUCCAGACUCUGCCAGCUGGACAGUGUAAUUCAGAGGCACCAGUCCAGAUUGCUUCGUAUUUGAACUGGCCCCGUAUGGCAUGGAGCCAUCGUAGGCCGCUAGGGGGCUUUCACUGAAGCCUCAGCUGACCGGCUGACCCUUGGCCUUGUGGCCCCCUCUUCUCAUUGGUGGUGGACUCUCAGACAGUAGGACUCUUCCUUGGCCUGUUGGAUCAUUCUUGGAGGCUCCCUGGCCAAGCCUCACCUCCCCCGUGGCUUCUGCCACCACCCACUCUGGUCUGACCAGAGUGACUGAGCCCUUCCCCAGAACUUAUUUGAUCCUGCUUACUCUGACCCCCCAGGAUCUUCAGACAUGCCAACCAGCACCGGUUCUGGUGCUUCAGCCCGCCGCUGUAGGAUGGAGGACCUCACGGCUGAGGUCCAAGCCCUGCGGGCCCAGCUCCUUCAGCAGACCGAGGAGAACAGCUCCCUGCAGACUCAGCUUCUCCAGCUGUCUGAGGAAAACGCCAACCUGCGGGGGCAGCUCCAGGCCACCCCAGUGGGUGCCAUGGGCCUCUCUGCCCCUCGUGGCAAGUGCCCCGUCGGCCUCCCUGAGAAGUUCGAUGGGACCCCUGAGAUGCUUCCCAGCUUCUUGGCCCAGAGCCGUCUGUACAUGGAGCUGAGGCCUGAAGACUUUCCCACGGAGCACGUCCGCGUGUGCUUCCUCACCAGCCUCCUCAAGGGGCGCGCAGCCCGCUGGGCCACCCCCUACCUGCUGGAGUCCAGCCCUCUGCUCAACAACUACGAGGCUUUCAUUGAUGAGUUCAAGCAGGCCUUCGAGGACCCCCAGCGGAAAGAGGCUGCCAACCGCAAGAUCCGGCGUCUCCGCCAAGGCCUCGGCUCCGUCCUGGACUACGCCAGCGCUUUCCGUCUCUGCGCCCAGGACCUGGACUGGAACGAGCCGGCCUUCAUCGACCAGUUCCUGGAGGGCCUCAGUGAUCCUAUCCAGGACGAGCUUGCCCGUGUAGAGGUGGCCCGCUCGCUGCCCGCGCUAAUCAACCAGUGCCUGCGCAUUGAGGGAAGGCUGAAUUCUCGGAGAGGGGCGUCUCCCACCAGCUCGCCCCAGCCUCAGAGCGCCUCGUCUCCUCAGGCUGACUCCGACUCAAACCAGCUGAUCACUCGGCCCCAGCUCACCCCGGAAGAGAGAGAACGCCGCCGAAGACUGAACCUGUGUAUGUACUGCGGGCUGGCCGGCCAUUAUGUGGACAACUGUCCAUCCAAGAAGCCAAAGUCUUCUGGGGUGGGAAACUCCCUGGCCCCGCUGUAGAGGGACCCCCAGCGCCCGGGCCUGAACCAGAAAGGUCCCCCCCAGAUGACGCGUCAUCUUCUCACUUGCAACUACUGAUCACGUUACAUCUCCCGGACGGCUCCUACUGUACCGUCCGUGCCAUGAUCGACUCCGGUGCCUCCGGCAACUUCAUAGACCAAGACUACGUCGCGCAGACUGGAAUCCCAGUCAAGAUUAAGUAUUGGCCAGUGCUGGUGGAAGCCAUCGACGGACGUCCCUUGGCCUCUGGCCCAGUGACCCAGGAAACCCAGGAGCUGGUGGUAGACAUUGGGGAACAUCGCGAGAGACUCUCCUUCGAUGUGACCCAGUCCCCCUUCUUCCCGGUGGUUCUGGGAGUGCGGUGGCUCACCCAGCACAACCCCUCCAUCAUGUGGAGUUCCCGCACCAUCGUUUUUGACUCGGAGUAUUGCCAGCACAACUGUCGGGCCACCCUGCUGGUGGCGCCAAGCAUGGUACCUGGAGGAAUGGACGUCCAGGAGGUCCUCAUGCCAAUGGCCCAGGAAGCCAUCCCGUACCACGCACCAUACAACUAUACCGUAGCCCCCACCGGCUACCCCUACGCAGUGUCGGAUCCAGAAUUGAUGGCCGUUCGAGACUUCCUGGCCAAGAACGUGAAAUGGGUUUGUGUCCAGCCGGCCUCCCCAGUGGGGGCCCCAGUUGUCAUCAUGAAGAAAGUGGGAGAGCUGUAUCUUUGCAAUGAUUCUCAAAACCCAAAUGCCAUCGCCGUCUGGAACCAGUAUCCACCACCUUCAGCUCCUUACGUAUUGUACCAGCUCCAAGCAGCCCCCAUCUACAGGACCAGGUCCCCGGCGGGUUACACCACCUGGUCCAUGUUGGGAAGGGAAAUGAAUGGAAAAUUGUGCUUGAUUCCUUUCUUGGUCACCUCCAAUAUCCGUUGAUGCUGUCCGGCUUUCGCAAUGUAUACUUCUUUCCCAGCAAUCUCAGCAAGAUGUUUUGUGACCACCUCACUCACCACCACAUGGCCAUGGAGCUGACCAUAUAGCAAUUGAUUCCUGUGACUGCAGUCUAUCUAGACUCAGAACUGGCUUCCCAGAUGCCAGCUGUACAUUACAUUAGAGCAGUGUGUCGUCAGCCUCAUUGUGUGAAUCUCUUGGGGAAGUUUCCCCCUUUGAAGGCAUCCAGAUGGACUCUUAUCAGGCCAGUGUCGUCCUGGACUGGCACCUCCCCAUGACACCUGGGGCCUUAAGGACUGUCCAGGAGCUGCAGCAACUCAUUGGCUUCUUUGCCUCAUUUAAUACAUCUUUUAGGAGGAACGGGACUUUCCAAACAGACACUGAUCUACACUCUGACCUCAGUUUCACGCUUGUAGGAUGGCCAUUUCUCAUUCUUUCUAGAAACUGAUGCUUCACACAUGGCCUUUGGGACAGCCCCCUACCAGGCAAGGGGAAAAGGAAGGCCGCUUUGCCUCUGUCCGCCUUUAUUUCACAAGCUUAGCAACGCAAAAGCGAUCAAAGCUGCCUUUGCCUCCUGGUGACAGCCUAGAAGAGACCAUAUGCCUAAAAACCAUGUGAUAUAAUGCCAAAAUUGGUAACAUCUACCAGCUCCAAGAAAUCAGCACCAGCAACAAGUGUGCUGGUCCCUUUUUGUUGUGAUUGUCCAAGUCAGUGUGUCCCCCAGUCCCUAGAGUGAGAGGACGGGCCCCGCCUGCCGCAGACCCCUCCAGCUGGGGCCACUUAACUGCCACCUACACGCUUGGCCCUUUCACGGCUUCUAGAUCAAUCUGGCCUCGAGGCAGGAGGCCCAUGAAAACCCACCAUUCUGUACAGAAGAUUGUGGGUCACGUGGCCCAGCAUCAACCCCUUUCCCGCUGGUCCUCAUCUGACCUUGUAUACUACUGCCAGCACUGAAUCUCCCUCCCCCAUGUCCAAGCUCCCUUCAUCCUAUCCUGUUUCCAAGGGUCCCAGGCUCUGGGAUCCUGCCUUAUUCUUUCCGGUCCUCCUGGGGACUGGACGCCUGUUCUGUGCCCCACCCCGGGACAGAGCCCCCACUGCCGGAAGCCAGCCUCCACACGCUUUCUGGGCCACCCUCCUGUUGCCCACUUUGGAACCUCCCUCGUGAAAAUUUUAGGACAGCAGAUUGCCAGCUAGGUGGGAGGGAAGCAUUUCCCUCUGAAGAAAGAUCUCUGAAGAUGGAUGGCACUUCCUUGUGAGGGAGUGAGCUGCCUUUCACUGGAGGAAGUCAAGCAGAGGCUGGAUAAUAAACUCUUGUUGGGGCAGCUCUUGGGGGGAUUGCUUUUUAGACUGAGGGCCUUCCAACCCUCUGCUGCUUGACUGCAUGAAGCUCCUCCCUGGCACCUGCUGCUGUGCUCCCCAGAGGAGAGCUCGCUUGCCUCCCCCAGGCUAGUUUCUGGCUCCCAGCCAGCCCUGAUCCAGCCUUCCCGCUGCCCACCAAGCCGUGGUGCUUGCUUCCAUCAUGGCGGGCGGGCCCCAACCAUCCGAGGCCCUGAUCGGGAGGGUCUGGAACCCCUAUCCCAGCCCACUGGCCAUUGUCAUCCCAUAGGGUAGGGCGUCCAGGCCAGUAGAGUGAGAACCCAUAUCUUAGGGGAUGGCUAGACCAUCCCUGUUCUCCCCCAAGAUCCACUCCCACUUUCCUAAGCGGCCUUUGCAACUUCUGCCAGGGCCCCGCCCCUGGCUCCCCAGAUCAAAGUUGUCCACUUCCAAGCCUUUAGUAAGAAUUCCAGAGCCAGGAGACACUGUGCUGAUCCGCAUCAGUGUACCCAAAUCCGUUUGAGUAGACAUGGGAGCCAGAAAUGUGCCCCACUACUCCCUAUUGAGUGCCCUUAAUUUUCCUUGUCCUUCAAAGAAUCCUCACUUAGCCCAAAUCCCCAAUCGGCCGAGCCGGCGUAGUGAAGGAACUGGCGCUCAGAAGGGUGGCCGGAGGAACCUCAGGCCCCAUCACGAGGAUCCUGCUGUGCUCGAGAGGUCCAUUCCUACGCCCCAAUUUCCAACCUUAGCUCCAGAGCCUGGCUCCAAUCUUCUUGAGCCCGACAAUGACGUUUUCCCUCCCUCCCCAAAUUAGAGCUUCAGAUCUGGCUAUUUAUUAGGGUCCCAGAACCAACUAGAUUAUCCCUGGAGUUCACCCAGGUAAAACCACUCCCAACUGGCUUGGUCACGCUGCCUCAUCUCCAGGUCAUAUGCAUCCCCAGUCUGUCCAUCCAUUUGCCAUUGAGCCCCAGGACGAGAAGGCCAAGCCCACCCAGGGGAGGUAGGAUUCCCGGUAGAGGAGGUUUCCCCCAGCCUUGCACCCACCCCUGCUUCCAUCUUGUCAGCCCGCCCGCCCACCCGCAAGCAGCAGCAGCAGCAGCAACAAGAGGGGGAGGGGGAGGAGGAGCCCCAGACCACGAAGCACCUGUGGCCUGGGAACACGCUCAUUCCGAGGUGCUCUUGCGCAUUCGGUCGUGCCUUUAUGCCCCAUCGGGGAGCGCACAGACCCAAGUCCUCUGGCUCUGGCAUUACACCCGUGGUCUCGCAGCCAGGGGCUGGGGUGGCCUCGACCGUGAGGCCAUGUGCAUUACUUUGUGUGACCACCUGCAAGAUGUGCCAAGACUCUGACAGACUGGACAGGCAAGCUGGGGACCCCAACCCUUCACCUAAAUCCAAAAGCACCGGGCUCUGGCCUCAAGGGAUAGUAUCACCAACCAGCCCUUGGCCCAGCGGCCUGCCGCUAUUUUUCGUAAUUGUGGGUGCUCUAACAAUACUUGACUUACUGGAAAUUCUUCGGUGCAAGGAUGUUUGUUGGGGGCCCACUCUCUAUGCCUGUACCCCACAUCUUGCCAGAAUGUUCUGCUAUCAAUAUUUCUGCUCUACCUGGUCCAUGUGAACCACCAAAGGAUUCAUGGGAGGGGGGCAUUUUAGGACCCAGGAAGAGGACCUUGACCAAGACUCGCCUGCCCUCUCUCUGGAGCUGUAUCCAGCUGUAUCCCCUGAGCCUCCGAGCUGGCUCAAGGGUCAGACUUGGAUACCAGCUAAAACACUAUCAGUUGUUAUCAAUGAUCAUUCCCCCCUUUAGAGAGAUCAGAGACUGCACCCAGGCAGCCCAGAUACUCUCGAGGGGGCAAAGCCCACCAGCUUGUCUUAGGCUGACCAGGAGAGGCUCCCCUAAGCCGCAGACGGCUCGGAGCUACCCCGGGCGCUCCCACGGGAUGCCUGUGCGCCGCGCGCCUGGACGGCCACAUGCCACCUUUUGCCUGGUCUCUUGAAUUAAUCAUCUCCAAAGUGCUCCACUUUGCUGGACUCUCCCUUGCUUCUUGUGACCCCCGCUGACUGUGUGCUGUUCAGCUUUGCCACCUCUUUAGCUGUUGUGUCCACCCGCUGUGGCUGCUGUGAGUCCUCCCUUAUCUGUCCAGCAAAAAGGAGAGCAGAGACAGGCCCAAGGGACGUGAAUUAGCACGCACACAAACAAAGUCUACGAUUGCCAAAUGUCACAAUACAGAACAUUCUGUAUGUUGCAAACUGCCUACGAGGAAGAGACGUCGGUCGAUAACGUGCAUUCCCAUUCUUCAGAAACAUUGUCCUAUGCUUAUCUCCGCGUGCGUGCCCUCCUCGGUGCUGCAUGUCCCGAUGUGUAAUCCUUGUUGGUUGUGUUGUUGUUACUGUUUGUGAAGCAGCUGCCCCCCCCCCAUUACACUGCCACUCAAUCAAUUUUUAAUGUCAGAGAGUUUUGCCGAGUCUGAAGUGUACCAGGGUGUGUCUUAGUACGGUGACAGUUGUCUGUUGUCUGAGUGUGUCUAAGUGAUAGGAGCUAUUCAGAAAGGAUCGCAUAAACACCCCAAGUGAACAGCUGUUCACGUUUGGCCGGUGUGGUUCGAGGUUUGGAACCGCCAGCAGGUGGGUUGCCUUCAGUUGCACAUGGUCUUUGAGUGGUGGAAUAGUGAAUGAAGGGUAACCAAGUGAGUUAGGAAACUUCGAGGUGAGGGUUGGAUGGGAUCCUGAAGCAGCUAGCCAACAGUCUGUGUAUCGUCCAGGCGCUGUCAGGGCGCUCGGAUGCUGACGGAGGAGCAUUUGUGAUAGGAGAAUAAUGUGGGUACGUCGUUUUGGAUCAGAAGGCAGGAGACAGAGCAUCCUGAUCAGUCGUCUUCAGGAAGAGAAUGCUGACGAACAGAGAUGAGCCCGCCUCCGUGGAGCAAUACGCGCGGCGCUAGACGCUUGCCAGAUGCUUCCCCCGGAAGCAGCUCUGCAGCGCGACUCCGGAGACGCGUGGCGCGGGUGACCCCUGGACUUCUCCAGCAUUGCCAGAGUUGGAACGUGAUUGUCCAGGGUUUUUCUGCGUCUGAGCCACAGAAAGGUGGUGAGGUGUGGAGAGGAAAAGAAGGAGCGUACAUCAGGGGCUCAGACAGCAUCUCUGAACAGUGCAGGAAGGGAUGGGAUGCGUGAAUGAGAUGGGCGUUCACAGAUUGUAGGGAUAUGGGCGACUCUCUUAUCAAAAUCCUAUUUCUUUGGUGGAAUCAAAAAGCUUGUUAGUCAUUGAAAUAAAUGUUAAGUGAUUUAUGUUUAAAAAAAAAAGUAAUAUAUGUUUGUGUUCUGAAAUAAACUUAAAAAAGCUCUA